CCCCUGAGCCUCCCCGAAGCCGCUUUCAGCCCCGGUUCCAACGGUUUGCUGUCCCCYCACGAUCCUUUGCUGCACAUCAAACCCGCCCAACCCACCGUGCCGUCCUCGUUAGGCUUCGAUCGUUUAGGCUCGGCUGUUUUAGGCUCGGCUUUACCCGCUCAAACCCCGCCUUACCGGCCGGCUCCMAGCUCGUCGCAGUUUAAUUUGUUGUCGGCGCCUCUCGCCGCGCCGCCGGCGGAGCAACCGCAGCUUUACAACGCGUCGGUGUUUGGAGGUGGAGGUGGAGGUGGUGGAGGUGGAACGGCGGCCGGAGCGGCCGGAGGAGGCGGAGAYCGCGCCAUAUCUCGCCAGGACAGCGUUAUCAAACACUACCAACGGCCCGGAGCGGCUCAAGCUCAACUGGCGCCGGCUCACGGGCUCCAGCACUACCUGAGCUGCGGAGGAUCCUACCAGCAGGUCCCUCCUCACCGCGCUCCGUUAUCCUGCAGCCCUUUGGGGGAUCAAUCCCCCGCCAGCUCCGAGGGAUCCCAACAAAACCCUAAAAACGCUCCGGCGCCGCCGCGUCCGGAACCGCCGUACCGCCCCAUCAUCCAAUCYCCCGGUUAUUCCGGCGGAAACGCCGCCAACAACGGCGCCGGCAAAUCCAAAUCCUACUCGGCUUCGCGGCAACCUCCGCGCUCCACCAACACGCCCAAAUGUCAGAGCAGCUACACGCCCAGCACGCCCAAGGCCAGCUCCGUCAUCGCCAGCCAGUCGCCGGCGUACUCGCCSGGGCAACCUCCUCCGCCGCAGAGCUUGCUGGCCAUGGCCGGAGCUCCGGCGUACAGCGCCGCCGGACAGCCGGCCGCGGGUUUYGCCGGCGGGCAAGGAGGGGAUUUAGGGGGUAAAGGUGGAGCUGGUGGCUACCAGGGCGGGCAGGCUGGUAGCCAAAGUGCUCUACAGGCUUGCGGAGGGGCGUAUUCACCGGAGCAGCUGCAGGCGUUACCGUAUGGUGUCCAGCCCGAAAGCGGGCAAGGAGGCGGCUACGGGCCACCGGCGCCGUCGCAGGGGUUGCCCACGGCCAGCCCGUCGCUGACCUACAGCACCACCGGUCACUCUCCGGCCAUGCCGGGCCCUCCGUUGCCRUACGGAGGUUUGGGAGGGUCCAGCCCGUCUCCCAUCAUCCGCCCGCUGCAGUCGCCGCCGGCCGCUCGGCCGCAGAGCGGGGCAUCGCCGGGGCAAUCCCAAAAAUAUUUGGGGUCGGUGCUGUCGCCGUCGUUUAUGACCCCGCAGGGUUACGGCGGAGCUCCGGCCGGGCUGGAGCGGCCGCCUCAACCCCCGACGGGCGGAGCUCCGCCGAGUUUCGGGGGGAAAGGAGGGAAAGGCGAGGCGGAGCUGCUGGCGGCCGAACGCAGCGAGGAUGAGGAUUUUUUGAUCCAGCACCUCCUCCAAGCUCCGAGCCCGCCACGGCAACCUCUGGGGGGCUGCGAGGAACGCGGAGCCGGAGCGGGGGGCACCGGGGGACCUCCGAAAGGGUUGGGGGGCUACGGCGGAGCUCUGGGAAAAGAGGAGAGGUAUCAGCUCCAAAGCGUCAUCAGACCCAACUCCAACCUGGAGGCGCCGCUGGAGCUGGCGCUGCUGAAAGAGAAGAAAAAAGCCGAGAGGGGGAAGGAAUUUUCUCAAAGAGGAGGAGGAGGAGGUGGAGGAGGAGGAGGAGGAGGUGGAGAAGGUUUGGCGGCCACUUCGGUGGUCCACUACGGCCACCAAGCUCCGCCGCCGCCGGCCGGAGCCGCGCUGGACACGUACGAGAUGAAAAAAGCUCCGGAGCAUCUCCCCGGAGGGAAAGAAUUGGGUCAGCAGCCCCCUCCUCCUCAUUCUUAYCUACCCAAAACCCCCGAGCACGGGCGGAUGGAGCCGCUGGAACCCCACAACCUCCUCUUAGACCCCUCCCCAGAAUUAGGAGCAUCUUUGCUUCCCUCAGUGCUGACCCACACCCAAAGCCAACUCCACGGCCGGCCCAAAACUCGCGCAGCUCCGCUGGACGUUCACCUCUUGGAGCAACAACGGAUGCCACCUCCACCUCCRCCUCCKCCKCCAGCUCCGAGCGCUCCGGCCGCUCCGACCGCUCCGGCCGCUCCAUCUCCGCAGCUCCUGCUGGAAGCUCAUCUCCACCAAGUUCGCUCGCAAGGUUUGGAUCCUCAAACAGCACCGCCUCUCGCUCCCGAUUCCAUGGAGGUUUUACCCCCUCCACAAGAAAUCCAAGAUUUUUUAGAACCUCCUUUAAGCUUGGAACAACAUUUAGGACAAAGCGGUGGGGUUCAAGGAGGCGCCGGGCAUUUGUUGGAUCCCGAUUCCCAAGCGGUCAGCGGGGAAGGGAAGGAUCAAUUUUCUGAAAGCGGCAGCCCGGCCGGAGGGAAAGGACGUUUCGUCCCUCUCACGUCCAUUUGUUUUCCGGAUGCUUUGCUUCAAGACGAAGAACGAGGAUUUUUUCCGGGRAUGGAAGAUAUGUUCGGACCGCCCCACGAGGAUUUUCCCAAAUCGGCCGAGGAUGAGGACGACGACGGCGAAAACGGCGAUUCCAGAGCGGACGGGAUGAAAGCGCCGCCUCCUUACGAUAUGGGGCAAAAUUAUUCYGCUUUUUGUCCCCAAGACGGAACCGGGGGUAACGAGGACACCCCACAAUUGGCGUUAGAACCCCCAAAAUUACCUUCAACCGUCAACGCCGAACCGUUGGGAUUAAUCCAAAGCACCGGCGAUUCCGUCCCAAAACCCCCUCCCCCUUUAACCACCCCGUUAUUCUGCUCCUCCAAACCCAAAAAACUCCUAAAAACCUCCUCUUUUCACCUUUUACGCAAACGAGACCCUUUCCCACCUCCCAAAAAAAAYUACGCGCAGGAAUACGAAUUUGAGGACGACGAAGGAAAAGCCGACGCUCCGGCCGAUAUCCGGCUGAACUCGCGGCGUUUGCCGGAUUUGUUGCCGGAUUUGAUCUCCAGUUGUCGCCGGACGCCGCUGACGGCGGCGGGGGACAUCGAUUUUUGUCCCCAYCCUUCGAUGGCGGCGGCCACCCCGAAAAAAAGGGGGAGGAAACCCACGAAACCCAAAAGGGAAGGGCCGCCCCGACCCCGGGGGAGGCCGAGGAUUCGACCGCUGGAAACGCCGGGGUUGGGAUCGGGGGACGGAGCGAAAAAACCCCGCGGGAGAGGGAGAGGACGCGGCAGGAAAGGAGAGGAGGGGGAUGGAGGAGAGACGCUCAAACCGCUCAAGGUGAGAGCCUCCCCCUGCAAGCGAUUGGACGAGGAGCUGAAGAGGAAUUUGGAGACGCUGCCGUCGUUCUCGUCCGACGAGGAGGAUUCGGUCAGCAAGAAUCAGGAUUUGCAGAAGAGCAUCAGCUCGGCCAUUUCGGCGCUGGACGAGGCGCCCGACAGGAGGGAGGCUGAAAACAGAGGACCUGUAGGGAGCUGUCAGGGGUUGAUAGGGAGCUGCCAGGACCUGCAGCAGAGCAUCAGCUCGGCCAUUUCGGCGCUGGACGAGGCGCCCGACAGGAGGGAGGCUGAAAACAGAG